AUGAAGAUUGCCUGGGAGUGCUCCAAUUGGCCAGGCUCGCAUAUUGAAUCCAAUAUAACACACCUGGCUUGGAUCCCCCAAUCAGAUGACCAUGGUGCGCUUGGAGUAGGAUGCGAUACAGGUUGUGUUGGCAUCACGACAACAGAUUUUCAUCCCAUAGAAGAUGAUAAUUCUCUAGCCUGGAAUCGUGCAGAGUUCAAACUUGCUUCUUGUGAUGCCGCUGGCGUUAUCUACGUUUGGUUUCGCAAUGACGAUAGGUGGUCAGUGGAGCUAGUAAAUGAUCGAGGCGUAAAGGUUCGUGAUUUAUGCUGGAGCCCUUGCGGUAGUUCAGCGCUUAUUGUAUAUGAAGACAACUUUGUGCUGAUCGGAUCGAGUACGGGACAACGCGUAUGGAGCAACUCUUAUCCCGCGGAAAACCCCGUCUUAUCUGGAGCAUGGGUUCCAGACUCAAGACAUCUUAUACUAGGCUUCGCAUCCGGAAGUAUUAAUAUUUUAACGGACCAAGGAGCCAAUAUCACCGAACGUCAAAUAGCACGUGAACCUAUAAUGAAAAUGGCUUGUGGAGCUUCUGCUAACUCUGGAUGGACUUUAGCAAUGCUAAGCGCAAACAACAUCAUUUAUUUAAUGAGGAGUUUCGAGCAAGUUCAACCUGACGAAUAUGAUGCUGGAUGUACCGUUCAUCACAUGCAAUGGAAUCACGAAGGCACAUUACUUGCAUUUAUAAAUUCCCGAAGAGAACUUGUAAUGCUUGAUAGAUUAGCUCGAUGUGUUCAUCGUGAACACAUUGGAGUAUGCGGAGGAGCAUUAACUGCAUUAACCUGGGCUCAUGGUGGACGAGCUAUUAUUGUAGCUGCCGGCGGACAUCUCGGAAUCGGAAGAGUUUACGGCGGAGUUCCAUCCUUGUUCAACUUGGUUACCUACGAUGUGUGGCGUUAUAUGGGUUCAAGUGGACGAAAAGCAGAUUCACUUCCAGUGCCACACAAAGAGCAAAGAGCUUUGAAAAGUUUGGAUCAUCAUAUCAUUAGGUGUCGAAUACCUCGAAAUGACGAACUAUGUCAGUUUGUAUGCUCGGUUAGCGAUGCUCGAUCUUAUUGUACUAUCCGGCCCAUGUCAAAAGGUAGUCAUAGCUAUGUGUUAUGUAUGGAACACCUUGGAGGCCUCGUACCUAUUCUUAUCGGGCGUCAAGUCAAUCGAUUCCUGCCUCAAUUUCACAUUUCCGUUUAUCCUUCUAAUGCAGGGCAGGAGUUUAUGCCGCCGGCAGGCUCUUCAGCACAAGUUGAAGAUGUCUCUAUUCUCCCGCGUACAUCCAAUGGACGUAAUUCGCUUUGGAGGCGGAGUAAAAGACAUUUACGGGCACUCAUGUCGCGCCAUGUACGUCCUCAAAGAUCCGAUCUACGACUGGCACAAGUGUCUUCAAAUGUGUGGUGUACCAAAUUUAAUAUAACUUCUAUGUGCCCCAAGCUGUUACCCGAAUUUCUUGGCCAGGUUGUUUACAAGACUUCUGUGCUCCACCUGCAGCCUCGGCAAAUGACAAUCGAUUUGGCUCUGUUGUCUCCAUUAGGAAAUAACCAAUCGAGGCAGCCUUCACUCUGUCCCUCACCGUCAUCGAGCGAAGAUGAAUACGACGAUAUGAGUUGUUUACUGAAAAACACUACUUUGAAAGAGCCUGAUGGAUUAACAAAAGAAGAACGUGCAUUCUUUGAGAAAGUGGUGAGUGAAUGUACCGUGCUGAGAGCUGCUAUGAGUGCUGGCAACGGUGAUUUAACUCCAUCCGGACAAGGAACAUCUCAGGUUGCUGCUUCUAAAGAGUCUCCUCUGAAGGCCGAGUCCUUGCAAGGAGAAUCUGAUCUUACUAUGAGUACUACAAGUACUUGGCACGAUGAAAUUGAAUCAUUAGAUUUUAUAGAUGGUGCUGAUGACAGAGAUCCACUACUUCCUUCUACAUCUGGUUGUCAUUCUAUGCCAGCGAAAGCUUCUUGUUCGCCUGCUAAAACUGACUCGUCUGCUGCUCCCAGUGUUCUUGAAGUACACCAAGGGGAUAGAUUCAGAGCGGAAUUGCAGUCUGAUUUAGACAGAUUAGUACGUAUUGCUGGUCAACUGAGUCAUAGACAUGGGUUUAAUGCGAAAAGAGAUCGAGCUUCAAUCACUAAGAUGCGCUCACAGAUGAAGGAGUUAUUGAGGAAGGUUAAUGAAAUUGAGAAAAAGGUUGCGAACGAUGAUGUUCGGGCCGAAGUUCGGCAACUAAUGAGAACUCUAAAAGAGAUCAAGAGUGCCUUAGGCGAAGGGCGAUCGGUAACUCCAAGGUAUAACCGAAUAAUCACUAUGCAUAAUAAAACACCGUUUUGGAAUGAACAUAAUCAAGUGUAUCAGCUAGAUUUUGGUGGGCGGGUAACCCAAGAAUCUGCGAAAAACUUCCAGGUUGAAGUGGACGGUAAGCAAGUCUUGCAAUUCGGUAGAAUUGAAGGAGGAGCUUACACAUUGGAUUUCCGACGCCCAUUAUCAGCUAGUCAAGCCUUUUCAAUAGCAUUAGCUAGCAUUACGCAGAGGUUGAAGUAG